CUACACCGUCAUUCACAACAUUCACUCAAGUCCCGAAGACACGAGAGCAACGCCAGCAUCACUCUGAACGAGCCAUCAACUGAGAAAUGGACCCCUGCGAGUGCGCCAAGACUGGAACCUGCAACUGCGGAGGAUCCUGCACGUGCACAAAGUGCUCAUGCAAGAGCUGUAAGAAGAGCUGCUGCGACUGCUGCCCAUCCGGCUGCAGCAAAUGCGCCUCUGGCUGCGUGUGCAAAGGGAAGACGUGCGACACCAGCUGCUGCCAGUGAGGAGUCUGCACAUCAGCUCU